CUCUCCGCUACCGUCUCCGGGGGGCGGGACUUCCGGGAAAGGAGCGCGGGAGAGAGGAAGGUCACGACUAGAGGGACUCUUGCUCCUUGCUGCUCAAGAAAUGUCUUCACUUUCAGAAUAUGCCUUGCGCAUGACUCGUCUGAGUGCCCGGCUGUUUGGUGAAGUUGCCAGGCCUACUGAUUCCAAAUCCAUGAAAGUGGUAAAGCUGUUUAGUGAGCUGCCUUUGGCCAAGAAGAAGGAGACUUAUGACUGGUAUCCAAAUCACAACACUUACUUCGCGCUUAUGGGGACACUACGUUUUCUUGGCCUCUACAGAGAUGAGCAUCAGGACUUUAAGGAUGAGCAGCUGCGUCUAAAGAAGCUUCGUGGAAAGGGGAAACCAAGGAAAGGAGAAGGGAAGAGAGCUGCAAAAAAGAAAUAGUGUUAGUCCAUCAGGAGAGGAGACUUCUUCCUCAGAGACUGAGAGCAGGAGGAGGUGUUUGUUCUCUCUCCACAUACUGGAGGAGUGUCAUCUUUCCGAGUUGAAGACUAUUUGGAGGAACACAGUCAUCUCUAUGUUGAAAUCUAAUCCAGUUUAAUUGUGACUGGUUUCUUGAACACCUUCUACUUCUGCAGAAUUAUUUUGGCCCUGGUUUUAUUAGCUGAGGUUUACCUUUUUCCCCCAAGAAAUGAACACAUGAUUAUUGUUGAAUGACUUGUUUGGGAGGGGAUGGGAUGUUGGGGGAGUGGAGGGGAAAACUCAUUAAAUGAGCAUCCUCGUUACUCCCGUCUUGCUUCCCCACUUAACUGGCUGUAACCGCUUUCAUCUCUCUAGCUGUUCAGCCACUGUCUCCACUACCAAGCUCACAAACUUUAUGUGCCUCUCCGCCUACUCCUUUGAGAAUAUCUGUAAGACAGAUUUGUGGGAUAAAAGGCUGUACUGGUAAGAGAAUAUUACAUACCUGCUGUAUACAAGGUAAUACAGUGGUUUUCAAGAAACAAUCCCUGUCUCAUGGAACUUUCAGUCCUGUGGCAGGGACUGAUCUUCAUAAUUACAUAAAUACAAUCGUAUUACAUGCUACAAAGGAAAAAUCCAGACUUCUUUGAGAGUCUGGAUGAAUCGAUGGAUUGAUCCAGAGGGAGAGCAAGAGGCCCAAACCUCAGUAGGGAUUUUAAAGAAGGCCUCCCUAAAGAGAUAAUACUUAAGCUGAGCUCUGAAGAAUAAAUUAGAGUUAGGUGGACGAAAAAUGGUGGGAAAGCAUUUGAGGCACAGGGAACAUCAUGUGUAAAGCCUAAGGCAAGAAGAAAUUGUCCCGUUCAAGAAAUUGAAAUAAAGACCACUAACUAGUA